UGGGAAUCGAACCCACGCCUAAGGCUAAAGAUUUCAGUCCUCACCAAAUCUUCGAAAUCUGGAUAUAUGGAUCUGCGCCAUAUCCGCGAAUUUCAGCCAUUGGCUUGAUUAUUAUUCGAUCCUCCGCCCGUAAAUGGAAUACCAGUACAAAUCACUUCAUAUCGUUGCAGAUUCUCGGGUCGCUAUCAUAUAUCUGAACCGACCCGAACGCCUCAACGCUCUGUCACGCGACUUCUUCACGGAGUUCCCAAUAGCUCUUGCUUCGCUCGACGAAAGCCCCGACGUCGCCGUCGUCGUUUUAGCCGGUGCCGGGAAACACUUCUGCUCAGGCAUCGAUGUGGAUGUGCUAGCAUCGGGUUCAAUUGUAUCCCGAUCGUUCGAUCCUGGCCGCACCGGGGAGAAGCUCCGACGAGACAUCAAAUUCCUGCAGGAUGCCGUGACGGCGAUCGAACGGUGCAGGAAACCGGUGAUCGCCGCCAUCCACGGCGCCUGCAUCGGCGGUGCAGUUGACAUAAUUACCGCCUGUGACAUUAGGUAUUGCUCUGCUGAUGCUUUUUUCUCGGUGAAAGAGGUUGACUUGGCCAUUACAGCUGACCUCGGGACACUUCAGCGGCUUCCUAGCAUUGUUGGGUUUGGAAAUGCAACGGAAUUGUGUUUGACCGGCCGGAAAUUUACUGCAUCGGAGGCUAAGGAGCUAGGCUUGAUUUCUAAGGUUUUUGCAACCAAAGAAGCCUUGGAGAAGGGCGUAAGAAUUGUUGCUCAGGGAAUAGCAGAAAAGUCUCAACUCGCCAUCAUCGGAACAAAAGCAGUGUUGUUGAAGAGUAGAGAUUUGACAAUGGAUCAAGCCUUGGAUUAUGUUGCCACUUGGAACUCCGGGGUCCUUCUAUCUGAUGAUCUGAAAGAGGCAAUUUCUGCACAAACAGAGAAGAGAAAGCCCAUAUUUGCAAGACUAUAGAGUUUGAAGCUUACCAAUCCUGCUAUAUCACGGGUAGGACUGGUGGGUACUUCCAACCAAAAUAACACUUUCACAUUGAGAGGGAAUGAGAGAUUACAUAUACUGAGAAAUUUCACAGUUUACACUGGCGAGAGCUUCUAAUAAAGUCCUUGAUGAGGCCACGUGAAAAUUUGCCUAUAAUUUGAUCCUUGAGAUGUUUAACAGAGUAUCUCACCAUUUCUACUAUUUGUCUAGACUCUAGAUUCACAACCAACCAGCCCGAACUGUUUUUUCAUAUGAUAUAUUUUAAUAAUGAAGCACGGCGCAUAUAUUUUUAUAAUCCGAUAGAUUCAA